UGCGCAGUGCAGCGGAGUCCCAGCGAGUCCUGGGGGCGCCGUGCGCGAGGCAGGACGGCCGUUGAGCAUGCGCACUGGCGCGUGACCGGCGGGGCGGCGGUUGCUGGGCAACCGCGGCCGCGCUGAGGCGGAGGCGCAGGUCGCGGUGUGAGUGCGGAGGGCGGGUCGGUACCCGGCGCAGGUGCGGCCCCAGUAGACGAAUUAAAGGACUGUGAUCCUCGACGAUAAAAUGUGAUACAGCCAAGGGAUUUCUCCUGAAUCAGCAUGUUAAAAAAUAAGGACCGUUCUUCUAAACAAGGUAACUCAGCUGUCAUCGCGGUCGCUUUACAAGAUCACAUUUUACAGGAUCUUCAACUUGGAACUCUUUCCGUGGCAGAUCCUGCUAAGACAAAGGUACAAAAGAGAGAGAACAGGUCCAGUUCUCUGAAGAGAAAUGCGAGAGCAGUGGUAGACACUGGACGUAGAAAGGCUCCCCAAGGCCCUAAAGUGGAAGAUCCAGAAAAGGAGUAUGUUCUUGAUCCAAAACCACCACCACUGACGCUAGCACAGAAGUUGGGCCUCUUUGCGCCUCCACCCCCGCCACUGUCCUCGGAGGAAUGGGAAACCGUGAAGCAAAGGUCCGUCCUGCAAGGGGACUCCACGCUGCCCUGCCCGAUCUGCAAGGAAGAGUUUGAACUGCGCCCCCAGGUGCUGCUGUCCUGUUCCCACGUGUUCCACAGGGCGUGCCUUCAAGCUUUUGAAAAGUUCACAAGCAAAAAAACCUGUCCUCUCUGCAGAAGAAGCCAGUAUCAGACCAGAGUGAUUCACACCGGGGCCCAACUAUUCAAAGCCAAGUGUGUGACCAGGAUCCAGGCCUGCUGGAGAGGACACGUGGUCAGGAAGUGGUACCGAGACCUGAGGAGGACGGUGCCACCCAAAGAUGCCAAGCUGAGGAGGAAAUUCUUUGAAGAAAAGUUCACAGAAAUCAGCCACCGCCUGCUGAUGUCCUACCACACGGACACAGAGGAGCUCCUGGCCGAGAUCGACCGCUGCCUGGCCGUGAACCGCAGCGUCCUCCAGCAGCUGGAGGAGAGGUGUGGCCGCGAGCUCACGGACGAGGACUGGGGGAGAAUCCAGAUGCAGGCUCUGCACCGGGGGGCCCACGAGUGCCCCAUCUGCCUCACCGCGCUCUCUGUCAGCGGCACCCCCUCGGGGACCGGCCCCCAGCAGCCCCGGCGGGAGGCCGUCCUGCUGUCCUGCUCGCACGUGUUCCACCGCACGUGCCUCCUUGCGCUGGAGGAGCUGUCCUGGGGGGACGCGCCCCGCCACGCCUGUCCCCUCUGCCGCUCUCACUAUCAGAAGAAAAUCCUUGAAUGUUGAAUUCCUAGUCAGGGAAAGGCUGUAUAAUUCGUGGGGGGGGGGGUAGCUUGAUUUUGGACGCGCUGGGAGUCUGGAGGUGAGCACUGCGUGCAUUCUGUUCUCCGGUGAAAUAAACUCUUAGUAGUUCUACUCAGGAAACCUAACAUUUCCAUAUCUUUCGUUUAUAAACCGAAAACUUCAAAUUCGUGAGUUUAAUCAGUUGAAAUAAGUGAGGAGUGGAUUAAAAACUCCGGCUUCAGAGGUUCUGUGAUUCACUGACUUGCUCUGAGUCCAGUGGGCCGGCUGGGGUCGCUCAUAAACAGUAAAUGGGCCCUGUUCCUGCCCAGUAACCUGGCGACCUGGCCCGUUUCACAGCAGCUCUGACUGGCCCGGGCGUCCGCCCGGCCCCGUGCACUCAGCCCUCUGACCACAGCUGGUCACCCUGAAGCUUCUUUAAAGCAAGUGCUUGAGGCCUUCUGCCGCCCCAACACUGUUUUGCAGUAACGGUUUUACUUCUGUGGGGCAGGUUACUGUUAGCACUCUGACAACAUAAAACCCAAAAUGUCAAAAUAAAAUGUUAAGUGGCUUUAACAUCAGAAAACUGUAAACCACGUACUAAUGCCUCAGAGCCACACAUAACAUUUAGCUCACACAUGAAGAAACCCACGGAACCUUCCUGCGAGCCCGCUCGUUCCCAGCAGCCAAGCGCAGUGCCGCUGCCCUCGCUGCCGGACCCACGAGACCCCAGAUCUCAGCGGCGAAGAGAGGCCCAUGAGCUGCGGGUGGGGGGGCCGAGGGGCUGCUCCCAGUGGCCCCUGGGAGGAGCGGGCAGAGACAUUUGUGGGCACACUUGUCAUGGGCACAGAACAAUCCCCUGUCCUGCGGGAAGACGUACUAAAGUGUAUGUUCCUAUUUAUUUUUCUCUCAUCCUUU